GCGGCAUGGAGUGGCUAACACGCGGGCAGCUGAGUGGGAACGGCUUCGGCGGGAGGGAGCUGCGCUGGGCAGGUUCUGAGGGAAGGCGAGAGAAGGGAGCUGGCCUGGGCCUGAGGUGGGAAGGCGGGAGAAGAAGACACAGGGCGCAAGCGCGGCGCAGUCGUCAUAGCGGAGAGGGUGCAGCUCGGUGCAGAGAGGGUUGGGAUGGCGCAUUACAAGGCCGCAGACUCUAAGCGAGAGCAGUUCCGCCGCUACCUGGAGAAAUCCGGGGUGCUGGACACGCUCACCAAAGUGUUGGUAGCCCUAUAUGAAGAGCCAGAGAAACCAAAUAGUGCACUGGACUUUCUGAAGCAUCAUAUAGGAGCCGCAGCUCCAGAAAAUCCAGAAGUAGAGGCCCUUCGCCUGGAAGUGGCAGAGAUGAAAGAAAAAUAUGAAGCUGUGUUGGAAGAAAACAAAAAACUAAAAGCAAAGCUGUCUCAGUAUGAACCACCUCCAGAAGAGAAGCGUGGUGAAUAGGAAUGCUUUCACCUUUUGGUUACUUACCUGAAUAAAGGGCUUCAUCAGAA